GCCGUUGCGUUUUACUCGUCCCACAAAGCACAGAAAAUAUUUGAAGGACGCGAAAAGGAAAAAAAGAAGAAAGAAAAUUGCUCUCCUCAGUCGUCUUCUGGAGAAUGCAAUACAUGCUCGACUGAGGGAAGCUGUAGUUGCUGCACUCGGGACCGAAGAUGAAGCCGGUGCUGAUCGGGUUCGUGUUGUGCUUCGUCGUCCUCUCGCUGGCUCCCGCUCCUGCUCGAUCUGCGGUUUCGAGCGUGGAUCUAGGCUCGGAAUGGGUCAAAGUCGCCGUCGUCAACAUUAGGCCCGGGCAGAGCCCGAUCACCGUCGCCAUUAACGAGAUGUCGAAGCGGAAGUCGCCCGCCCUAGUGGCGUUCCAGCCCGGCGCGCGGUUGCUCGGCGAGGAGGCCGCGGGUUUGGUCGCCCGGUACCCGGACAAGGUGUUUUCCCAGGUUAGAGACUUGCUGGGGAAACCCCUUGAUUACGCCAAGAGGGUUAUGGACUCGAUGUACUUGCCAUUUAGCGUCGUGGAGGAUUCGAGAGGGGCGGUGAGCUUUAGGAUUCAUGACGGCGAGGCGGAGGCUGUUUAUUCGGUUGAGGAAUUGUUGGCUAUGAUUUUGGGAUAUGCGGCCAGAUUGGCUGAGUUCCAUUCCAAAGUGCCGAUCAAAGAUGCGGUGAUUUCAGUGCCGCCUUACUUUGGGCAGGCAGAGCGCAAGGGGUUGCUUCAGGCAGCUCAGUUGGCGGGAAUCAAUGUCCUGUCGUUGGUGCACGAACACUCUGGUGCAGCAUUGCAGUAUGGAAUCGAUAAGGAUUUCUCGAAUGGCUCGAGGAAUGUUCUAUUUUACGAUAUGGGGUCUAGCAGUACUUAUGCAGCAUUGGUGUAUUUCUCUGCUUAUAGUACUAAGGAGUUCGGGAAGACUGUUUCAGUCAACCAGUUUCAGGUCAAGGAUGUUAGAUGGAAUGCUGAACUUGGAGGUCAAAAUAUGGAACUAAGGCUGGUGGAGUACUUUGCAGAUGAAUUCAACAAACAAGUUGGAAAUGGGGUUGAUGUGCGAAAAUCCCCUAAGGCAAUGGCUAAAUUAAAAAAACAGGUCAAACGCACAAAGGAAAUUCUGAGUGCAAACACAAUGGCUCCAAUAUCAGUUGAAUCCUUGUAUGAUGAUCGGGACUUCAGGAGUACUAUAACCCGUGAGAAGUUUGAAGAGCUGUGUGCAGAUUUGUGGGAGAAAGCUCUUCUACCAGUAAAAGAAGUCCUUGAGAACACUGGUAUGAAGGCAGAUGAAAUUUAUGCGGUGGAGUUGAUAGGAGGUGCGACUAGAGUGCCAAAGUUGCAGGCUAAACUGCAAGAAUUUCUUGGAAGGAAAGAGCUAGAUAAACAUCUGGAUGCUGAUGAAGCUGUAGUUCUUGGUGCAGCGUUAUAUGCCGCCAAUUUAAGUGAUGGAAUCAAGUUGAAUAGGAAGCUAGGAAUGAUUGAUGGUUCUCCUUAUGGGUAUGUUGUUGAAUUAGAAGGUCCUGAUCUUAUUAAAGACAACAACACACGACAGUUACUUGUGCCCCGGAUGAAAAAGCUUCCCAGUAAGAUGUACAGGUCGAUUGCCCACAGCAAAGAUUUUGAGGUUUCGCUUGCUUAUGAGAGUAAAGAUCUUUUACCUCCUGGUGCUGUCUCUCCUGUGUUUGCUCGAUAUGCAGUGUCUGGGCUUUCAGAUGCAUUUGAGAAAUAUUCAGGUAGAAACUUAUCUUCACCAAUAAAAGCAAAUCUGCAUUUCUCUCUUAGUAGAAGUGGGGUUCUCUUGUUGGAACGGGCCGAAGCUGUUGUUGAAAUAGCAGAGUGGAUUGAAGUUCCUAAAAAGAAACCGACCUUGGAGAACUCCACUAAUGCUUCCCAGAAUGUAUCAGUUGAAGCUAGUUCUAACAACACUGCUGAAGAAAGCAUGGAGAAGACACAGCUUGAUGAUGAUGGAAAUAACAAAACUACCUCUAGUGAAGUAGAACAGGGGUCUGCAGAUUUGGGUACGGAAAAAAAAUUGAAAAAGCGUACAUACAGGGUUCCGCUGAAGAUAAUUGACAAGACAUUGGGACCUGGGAUAUCUCUGCCUGAAGAAUCUUUUCUUGAAGCAAAGAACAAACUAGAGGCACUUGACAAGAAGGAUGCAGAGAGGAGAAGAACUGCCGAGUUGAAAAACAAUUUGGAAGGGUAUAUUUACGCCACAAAGGAAAAAAUUGAGACAUCUGAGGAACUUGAAAAGGUUUCUACUGGUGAUGAACGCCAAUCUUUCAUUGCAAAGCUUGAUGAGGUGCAAGAAUGGCUUUACAUGGAUGGUGAAGAUGGUACUGCGACAGAGUUUGAGGAACGUCUGAAUUCGCUAAAAGCAAUUGGUGAUCCAAUUUUUUUCAGAUUGAAAGAACUUACAGAACGGCCAACAGCAGUGGGGCAUGCUCGAACUUACCUGGAUCAACUGCAAAAGAUUGCACAGGAUUGGGAAACCAAAAAGUCGUGGCUUCCUAGAGAGAGAAUUGAUGAGGUUCUGAAAGAGGCGAACAAUUUAAAAUUUUGGUUGGAUGAGAAGGAGACUGAACAGAAGACUGCUGGGUUUUCCAAACCUGCAUUUACAUCUGAAGAAGUAUAUAGAAAGGUUUUCGGUUUGCAAGAUAAGGUUUCAAUUGUAGAUAGAAUUCCGAAGCCAAAGCCUAAAAUAGAGAAGCCGGCAGAGAGUAAAACUGAGAGCACGGGUUCAUCCGGUGCAGCUUCUGAGGAAGUACCCUCUGCAGACGACCAGUCAACAGAGGCUCCAGAUGGCACAGCCGAAGAAAAUGCUGAACAGGACAGAGUGGACGAGCCAGAAUCGAAGCUUCAUGAUGAGUUAUGAUGACUCAGUGCGGAAGCCAUUUUUGUCAUUGCACAAGACAGGAGGGUUAGAGGAGAAUCGAGGAUAGGAAGAUUCGAUGGGAGAUCUACUUCAAGCGAACCUUAAUACAUCAAGACAGAGAAGGGUCGGCUUUAAUAUUGAUAAUGAAUUGAGAUGCACGCAUAGCUUUUCUUCAGGAACUUAGCUUCCCGUCUGGUUCGCUUUAGCCGUAUAAUUUGUCUUCCCUGAAGGGAAUCAUCGAUCCGUUUCAUGUUUGACAAUUUUGUAGUAACUACGUAUAGAUGCUUACAGGGUAGUCCCAGGGAGAAAUUUUUACUGUUAGUCUGAUAUGGAUCUUGUAUCAUUAAGUUAUACCCUUGCGAUACUACUAAAUUUCUAUCACAGGCACGAGAUUCACUUCUA